AGAAAGAGAGAGAGAGAGAGAGAAAGAGAGAGAGAGAGAAACCCCUCCCCAGAAAAACCAGUCAUCUCAGCAUGUCACCUCAUUAGUGAGAGCAGAUGACGAUUCAAAAGGGAGAAGGAGACAGAGGAGAGGUCAUUGUAUGAGAUGAGAGACUACUGAUUCCAGCAUUUUUAUAUAUUUUUAUAAUAUAUAUGCUGGUAUCAGCAUAUACUGUCCCGACUUUUUCCACGUCUAUCAACUUGAUGAGUGGAUGCUCUUUUUUUUCCUUCUUUCUUUAAGUUUUAGUGGAGCAACAAAAGAGAAGAUUGAAAUCUAAAUGUAGAGUUCCCCGUUUCGGUUGUUUUUUACUUUCCUUCUACAUUUCUGGACACUUUUUCCGACUUCACCAUGGCGGGCAGGUGGAACCUCCUGAUACUGGCUCUGUACCUCUCCCUCAUCAUGGGCCUGUCAAACCAAUCCUGCCCUAAGGGAUUUAAUGUUGUGAAGCGCACAUGCGUUGAUGAUGAUGAAUGUGCCGUCGAUGAGUAUGAGGAUGAGUAUCCUGAUGCCGUUGGGCCAUGUGGAGAGAAUGCGGACUGUCACAACACCGUCGGCAGCUUCCACUGCCGAUGUGCGGACGGUUUCACAUCAUCAACAGGGGCGUUGGAUUUCACAGCUGCAACAUCGGCAACAUGUAGAGAUGUCAACGAGUGCUUGGAAGUCAAAGACAUCUGUGGACUUAACGCCCAAUGUUUUAACACAAUUCCACUUUAUGCCUGCAUUUGUGACAAUGGAUUCAUUUCCACCACUGGAGUGGAACGCUUUCACCACGGUGACAACGUUACCUGCAGAGAUAUUGAUGAAUGUCUAGAGGAAAACGCGUGUGAUCAAAAUGCAGCAUGUGUCAACACACCGGGCAGUUUUCACUGUGUCUGUAACGCCGGCUUUGGACUCAAAUCUGGCAGAUCGAACUUCUCUGGCAGUCAGGAACAAUGCGAAGAUAUAUGUGUGAUUGACAAGACAAUCUGUGGGAACGGAACCUGCCACCGUGGAGCCAGCGGCCAUUACUGUGCAUGCCACGCAGGGUUCACUAACUAUGGCAACAAAGGGUCUCGCUGCACUGCAUUAAACUGUGAUGUAUUCAAGCCCAUGGACAAUCUGCAAGAGAUUCAGAUUCAGUUUGCACAUGAUCUCACGAUGCAGUUGGAAAAAAGCUGUCUCAACCUGACAGAAAGUGAGAAUCCAACAGAGCUGGACGGAGAGGACAUGCUGAAGAGACUGUUGUCUGCGAUCGACGAGCUCUUGUCCAGUGGAGCCCUCAAUGAUAACAGGAAAGUCUCCAGCUUUCUGAACGUGGUGGAGAACAUGCUGAGGCUCAUUGGAGCUUUCAUUAAGCCCCCCGGGACAACGAGAUCAUCCACUCACACAGAGCUGGAGCUGCUGGUAGAGAAAGGGGCUGACUUACCCAAGGGAGCUGUGACUUUAUCAUCUAAGCAAGCUCAGCUGGACAUCCAGUUGGAGACCGCUGCUGGAGAUCUAUCCUAUUACCCUGGCUUUACAACAGUGUCCUUGCUGAGCUAUGCAAACCUGGAGGACUCUACCAAUGGCUUCUUUGGUGGGAUGAAACCACAAGUGAACCAAAGCUUUGAGCUCAACUCUAAAGUGGUGACUGUCUCUGUCAGUAACAGAAACACAAGCCACCUCCAGGAGCCAGUCACAUUAACUUUCUACCACCUCAAACAGACAAAUGAAUCCGACCCGACCUGUGUGUUCUGGGAUGCCUCAGAGGAAGGAGGGUCAUGGUCUCCUCGUGGUUGCAAAGUGGUGGAGACCCAGCCUGAAUACACUGUGUGUUCCUGCAACCACCUGAGCAGCUUUGCUGUGCUCAUGGCGCUCUAUGACAUAGAGGACACGUUUGAAUUGCAGCUGAUCACCCAGGUGGGUAUGUCCCUUUCACUAAUGUGCCUGUUCCUCUGCAUCCUGACGUUCUCGAUGAUCCGAUCCAUCAAAAGCCCACGAACCACCAUCCACCUGCACCUCUGCAUCAGCCUCUUCAUUUCCACCGUCAUCUUCCUCGCAGGCAUCUCUCGUACGGAGAGCCGGGUUGGCUGUGCAGUGGUAGCAGGGCUGCUGCAUUUCUUCUUCCUGGCAGUCUUUUGCUGGAUGUGUCUGGAGGGCAUACAACUCUUUAGGAUGGUAGUCCUGGUCUUUAACACCAACUUCAAAACCCUCUACAUGAUGGCAGGUGGCUAUGGAGUCCCAGCAGUUAUUGUCACUUGCUCUGCCUUAGCUAACGCCAGUGGAUAUGGCACCAAGAGACAUUGUUGGUUAAACCUGGAUUUAAUUUGGAGUUUCUUUGGCCCUGCCUGCAUCAUCAUCAUUGUGAACGUUUUCUUCUUUCUCAUCACUGUGUGGAAGUUGGCACAGAAGUUCUCAAGUUUAAACCCUGACCUUGACGAUCUGCAGAAAAUAAAGGCAUUCACCAUUACUGCAAUGGCUCAGCUGACUUUGUUGGGCACCAUGUGGAUCUUUGGUUGUUUCCAGUUUCAGGAGGGCACAAUAAUCAUGUCUUACCUGUUCACUCUCUUUGGCAGCUUUAAUGGGGUUAUGAUAUUUGUCAUGCACUGUCUUUUUUCCAAACAGGUGAGAGAAGAAUAUGGACACAUCCUGUCCAGAUUCUGUGCUCCUUGGAAGAAGAGUUACUCAAGCUUCAGUUACUCGCACACCAGCAAAGCUCAUGCCUCAAAGAGCACCCAGGACACGGGAGAGUCUCGCAUCUGAGCCGCCACACAGUGACGCAGGAGCCAAUUCUCAUUUAUUUCCCGAAGACAUGCGGCCAACGUGCUAUUUGUGGUCGGUUUGCAUCACUGCGAAAUGUUGUAAAUAGUUUCCUUCUUUACAUUUUCUUUACAUUUUCUUUACUUUUUGUUAUUGAGUUGGUCUUUGUAUGUAUUUAAGUUGACUGUUAGGGACUUCCUUCAAAAUGAAAACGGUUGUCAAGCUAACCCUUGAUUAAAGUGCAUAGUGGGUUUUACUUUCAUGCCCACAUUGGUUUUAUUUCAGUAUUUACGAAUGGUAAAACACAAUUUCACUUGUUUCAAAAUGUAUAUGUAAAAAAAAGAAAGAAAUGGACUGGACCAAAAUAUGAUAAGUGAUAGAUAAUGUUAUGAAGACCUGUUUUAUCAGGUACAUGUAAUAUGGCUCGACGUGUCAUCCAGGUACUUGAUUAAACCAGAAAAGACAAUCUCUCAAAGACAUUUCUUAAGCAAGCACUUUUUCGAACUUGUAUUUAAAUCGAUAUAAUCAUCAUAUGACCAACAAAAAGAUGGACAAUUAUACGACAGAUAUAGAUUUUAAUGCAUUUCUGUAUAUAUUGCUGGACAAUUCAGUAUUUAAUACAGUAAGUAACUGCAUUCCCAAAAUUUCAAAAGAGUAUUUUUUUGUGUUUCAAGACUUGAAUGUUCAAAGAUAACUUGUGUUAUUAUUGUCUAUAUGAAUAUUAGUACUGUUGUAAGCACUGGCUUUAGCUCAAUUCUGAACUUUCUGUUUGAUGUUUGGUCAAAAUAAAUAACUUAGCUUUUA